UUUUUUUUGCUUUGAUAUAAGUUUAUUACCGUUGUUCCAACAAUUUCAUUUUUAUUUUCAGUUACAUACUCUACAUUUUCACGGCUAUGAUUAUCCGAAUUCACGAAGUUUUUCUUCGCGACAGCUCGUUUUUCGUAGCUUAUAUCAGCAGAACGUCAGAAACGCUUUCUUCGAUCUUUGCGUGGCAGCGUGUGAUGCCAUCCCGAAUGCUUAGCUGAAUGUAAACAUAACCUUGCUGGUUGUUUUGGUUUCAAAGUAGUAGCAAAAAGGGAAAGUUUAUAGAUAAAUCUUUGCUUGCUGAGGGAUGUUAUCAUGACCUCGAAGACCUCGUUUGUUACACAGGAGGGUCCGGCCAACGCGCUGGCCCUCAACAAAGAUAAUUCCCAGGUGGUGAUAGCUGGACGAAAUGUCUUCAAAAUUUUCACGUUGCUGGAGGACAGAUUCGAAGAAUUUUGCAAUUUGAGGGUGGGAAAAAAUUUGAAUUUGAACUUUUCAUGCAAUGAUGUAGCCUGGAAUCUUAUUGAAGAUCACAUGUUGGCCACUGCUGCCACAAAUGGAGCAGUGGUGGUGUGGAACCUGAAUCGCCCAUCUAGAUCCAAACAGGAACACGUGUUUGUGGAUCACAAGCGCACUGUAAAUAAAGUUAGUUUUCAUAUGUCAGAGCCUAUGUGGCUUAUUUCGGGCUCCCAAGAUGGAACUAUGAAAUGCUUUGAUCUAAGAAUUAAGGAGGCAACUAGGACUUUUUAUAGCAAUACAGAGUCUGUUCGAGAUGUUCAAUUCUCUCCACACCAAGCGCACACUUUUGCAGCUGUAUCAGAAAAUGGACAUGUGCAAUUAUGGGAUCUGCGGCGCCCUGAUAAAUAUUUUCAACACUUUACUGCUCACAGCGGGCCUAUUUUUGCUUGUGAUUGGCAUCCGGAAACCACAUGGUUGGCAACAGCCUCUAGGGAUAAAACAAUAAAAGUAUGGGACUUGACUGCAAAGCCUAGUUGUGAUUAUACAAUAAACACAAUAGCAUCAGUUGGUGGAAUAAAAUGGAGACCACAAAGAAAGUAUCAUAUAGCAAGUUGUGCUCUAGUAGUAGAUUUCAGUAUUAAUGUAUGGGAUAUUAGAAGACCAUACAUUCCAUUUGCUAGUUUUAAUGAGCACAAAGAUGUUCCAACUGGAAUUGCCUGGAGAGGGGAUCCUCAGUCAUUUUUAUCCACAAGUAGAGACUGCACAUUAUAUCAUCACGUUUUCCAAGAUGCCACAAGACCAGCUAGUAAAGCCAAUCCUCAAGGUAUUGCUCUCAGUACAAAAGGAGAUAUAGCUUAUGCUUGCAAGGCAAGUGUCAGUACACCAACUGGUGUAGAGCAGCUUACUAAUAGAAUAAUGAGAAAAACUCCAGUGAGCAAUGACACAUUUUGUCAGGCCUCAAGUUGGAUGCACACCUUUACUGCACAAACUCCCAACACUAAUCGCGAGCCUAAAUGGUUCAAACUUUGCGCAGAAAAUUACGUGCUAAGCGGCAGACUGAAUGAAAUUUGUGAUCAUAAUUCCCUAGUUGCCAGCAACGCCGGUAGAAAUGACGUCAGUACAAUUUGGAGUAUAAUCAAAACGUGCUUCGAGAAUCCAUUAGGAAAUAGCAACAACAAUGCCCAACGUCGUCCAGUAUCUGAACAAGAUGUUGUAAAUACUUUAAACUUACCUUGUAUAGGCACAAACAACGACCAAUCUACCGCUGUUUCAGGAUUCGAAAACGAUGUGAAGUCACUACAAGGGGAAACUGUGCCUGGUAUAGUAAGCGGUGGAGACGAUGAGACUGAAACGGACGAACCUCCGGAGAAUCAGAACUUUACUGGUCCCUUCUUAUCCAGCUAUCGCAGAUCGUUGCCCUCCUAUAAGCGUCAGCCCAAGGGUGACUUUUCCUUUGGCGAAGGCGAAUUAGAACCUCUAACCAUCGAUUACAACAGCAGCGGCUACAUCGAGAAUAUGAUCAACAACGACAACGACUGGUCCUUGCCCAAAGAAGCCUUUCCUUUGCGUCACGAAAUCCAAAACCGAUCCCCGCCACCCGAACAAUUUCCCAAUCACUCGCCAGACUUAAAUGACGAUUCGGUCUCAAUUAUGGUCGAGGACCAGCCUUGCCAACUUAUCGUCACUUCGGUACCGAAGCCCACGUUCUGGGAUCCGACGAGUCUUGUCGAGGACGCCUUGAGACAUCAUGCGAACAUUAAGGAUAUUCAAACUGCGGCUUGCGUAUUAGUCGCUCUGGGUAACAGGCGAAAGGAUCUCAAUAUCGAAAUGGCGUUGCAAGAACACUGGCUGUUGGAGUACUUAGAUAUGCUUGGAAGGUUUAAGCUAUGGGAAGUGUCUACGAGGAUAAUUCAGUUAGCGUGGAUCCCGUCGGUGUCCCAACUCAAUCAACAAUCCACAACUAUACACGCGUGUUGCAGUUCGUGUACAAAGCCUCUACAGAGAUCGGCAUGGCUGUGCGAUCGAUGUCACUCCUCUAAGCACGCUCUAUGUUCAAUUUGCCAUCAGGUCGUACGAGGGAUUUAUGCAUGGUGUCAAGGUUGCACGCACGGAGGCCACGUGAACCAUAUGAGCGAGUGGUUCAACAGCAAUAAACAGUGCCCAACUGGUUGCGGUCAUAUGUGCGAAUACAUCUGAGAUAUUUGCCUUCUUCCCAAUACUGAGACUUUGUUUGUAUUUUAAAAUGCGACAAGCGUACUUGCGAGUAUCCAUUGGAUACCUAGUUAAAUCAGGGAUCCAAAUGACAAGGAUUCACUGAAUUUGUUGUAUAUUUUCUUGUGUUUUAUUUCUGUGAUGAAGUUAUGUAAUACAUUGUACAUAAACCACUGAAGAAAUUAUGAUGGUACUUGCCAAUUCUCACUUUUGUGUCAUAAAUAAUAAGGUAGAAUUUUGUAUAAUAUUAUUUAUUUUACUAAAUAUUAUAUAUAGGAUAGUUGUGGAUUAACAUCGAGCUAAUAAAAUAAUGCAUUCCAAAGCAAUGAGAA